CUGCAGGAAGUGGAAGGGGCUGUCAGAGAGAGAAGAUGGUAAGAAGAUGUGAACUAGUAAAGAUGUAGAGAUGCAGAAACAGGGAAGUACCUUGUAUGAGAGCAGAGAGAGAGAGAUGGAGAGAGAGGUAGAGACUUACAGCACAUUGUAUCAGGAACUAGAUAUUUAGACCCCAACCUAGAGAAAAUCUGUGAACACCAGAACACAACAAGAUGAGGAUCCUGCUGAUAGUCACCCUGCUGGCCUUCAUGACAGGUUGUGUGAGCUCAUUCACAGUGCCUGGAUACUCUGGAGGAACUGUCUUCAUCUACUGUCAUUAUGAAAGAGGAGACAUAAUUGACAAAAAAUAUUUCUGCAUGGCGCCAGAGUACAAUAUGAGUCAGAGUUGUGAGGUUAAAAUUAGAGCCAGUAGUCAGAACACCUGGCAGCACAGAGGUAGAUUCUCUCUGUAUGACGACACUGAGAGAAACUUAUUCACGGUGGUCAUCAGACAACUGACCAGAGAAGAUGAAGGAAUCUACUGGUGUGGAGUGGAUAAACCUGGUGUACCUGACAGUUAUACCAAGGUGGAGAUGGAAGUAAAAGACGAUAAAUGCUGUAAUAAGUCAGUCACAGAGACGGUCGAUCUGGGAGGAGAAGCUAACAUCAUCUGUAACUAUCCAGAGAAACAUGAGGAAAGCAUCAAGUAUUUCUGCAAGGAAAGGAAUGAAUCAGAUUGUGAAUACAAAAUAUCAACCAAACAUUACAUUACAUCAGGAAGAUACACUCUAUCUAAGAAAAGAACAGAGAGACAUUACACUGUGAUAAUCCGUGGGCUGACUGAAGAUGAUGGUGGAAUAUACUGGUGUGGGGAGGAGAAAGAAGGCAGUUACAUCGCACUGAUCAAACUCGUGAAUUUGCUGGUUAGAAAGGGAGCUCCAUCUCUGAUUGCAGAAUAUGCCUGUCUCUCUCCCUCUCACCACCCACACAAUGAAAACAAAAAACCUCCACCAGCACCAUCCAAACCCUCCACCAGCUCCCCAGCAUUAUCAUCAUCAUCAACACUUACUGGACCUGGUACUCCAGGUAUCAUCUUGGUGUGUGUGUGUCUGGUUGUGUUUCUGCUGGUGGUCAGUCUUUUCAUAGUCUACAGAUGGAAACACAACAAGACAACCGCCAACUCUUCAGGGAAGAGGGUGAACAGAGACACUGAAAUCAACAGAGAGGGUUUUCAUGCUGGCGGUGACUAUGUGGAGAUAGACGAACGCCCCCUACAGUCAGAAAGAGGCAAUACAACUGCCUCCAUCUACACCACCAUCGACUUCCACAAGGAUCCCAGCUGCCCCAAUGAAGCCACCACCACCAUCAGUAAAGAGGACACAUCCUCCUGUGACUGUGCUACUGUAAAUGUUGAUCAAAACUCCACCUACCCUACUGUCAAUCAUCCACACAGCACAUCUGAAGCUCCAUCCAUCUACUCCACAGUCAGUAAACAAGGAGACACCUGAUUUACAGACAAUCAAUCACAAGAGACUCCAAAUGGUUACUAUUAAACAGAGACACACCCCCACUGGUAACUAUUAAACAGAGACACACCCCCACUGGUAACUAUUAUACAGAGACACACCCCUCACUGGUAACUAUUAAACAGAGACACACCCCCACUGGUAACAAUUAAACAUAGACACACCCCCACUGGUAACUUUUAAACAGAGACACACCCCCACUGGUAAAUAUUAAACAUAGACACACCCCCACUGGGUAAAUAUUAAACAUAGACACACCCCCACUGGUAACUAUUAAACAGAGACACACCCCCACUGGUAACUAUUAAACAUAGACACACCCCCACUGGUAAAUAUUAAACAUAGACACACCCCCACUGGUAACUAUUAAACAGAGACACACCCCCACUGGUUACUAUUAAACAUAGACACACCCCCACUGGUAACUAUUAUACAGAGACACUCCCUCACUGGUAACUAUUAAACAGAGACACACCCCCACUGGUUACUAUUAAACAGAGACACACCCCCACUGGUAACUAUUAAACAGAGACACACCCCCACUGGUAACUAUUAAACAGAGACACACCCCCACUGGUAACUAAUAAUGGUUGUGUCAUUUUCUAGCCAGCUCUGGCCAGUAAAAAAGACAAGACGGCUAGUUAACUGUAAGUGCAUUCCCUUUUCUUUGAGUGUCUCUAUUUUCUUUGAUGUAUCCAUAGUGAUGACAACAAUGUCUAUGUAAUUGGUCAGGCCUUCAAGCACACCCAACCAUAUGCUACGAUCCUGUUGGUAGGUAUAGAAUUAGCCAAUCAACAGCUAAAGGCUCACCCUCUGUGUUGAUCAACAUGUGCUUUGUGAUCAUGAUAUAGGCCAAGAAUUUAGAAAGAAACAGUGUUGUGAAAUACAUCACAGGAUUAGGCUGAAAUGUUGAAUACAUAGAAAAAGGUUUGACAAUGUAUUAUUUAAAUAUAGAUGAUAUUAUUAAUUUGAAAGAGAUUUGUUAUUUUUUAUUUUGAUCCUUAUAAUCAAAUGCUUGCAUCUAAAGCUCUGUCUGUGUUUUAAAGUUAGGCUUUUCAGCAAACAAAUCGGCAGAGUGGAUGAUUUGUUGCUGUUUUUAUUGAGGAUUGUAGCUUCAACAUAACAUGGUCUAAUGUUCUGCAUGAUCUGCAUGAUCUAUAUGGUUAAUGCUAAAUUAAAAAUAUUUUUUUUUCAA